UACGCUGGAGACGGGCGGCGGGACUCCAGUUGGCUGUGCGCUCAGACGCAGCAGCAGCGCGGCAGCAGCAGCAGCAGCAUCCUACUGGCUAGACUCGGGGAGGACGCAUGCUGUCAGACCGGAUCUCCUGAUCCUGUUAGUCUUUUGUGUCCCACUGCGUUUGAGCGAACCAGUCCGAACAGGAAAGCGGGAGAAAACAAAACGAAAAAAGAAAACACUCAAAAAGCUUUUGAGUUGCGAAUACUAAAAAAGUGAUAGAAACUGGACACUUUUUCCCUGUUCGUUUGGUUUCCUUUUGGGGGGGAUUUAUUGUCCGUAUGAGUCGAGCUGGGAUCUGUUUUCCACAGCGGAGCGCACGCCACGUCUGGUCCAUGGAUUUCUAUACUUCUCUGGGAAUUAAACUGCGUCGCUUUUGAGUUUCUUUCAUUCUCUUUCGACGCGGGUUGUUGUUCGAGACCAUGAUCGUCGCGCUAUUGUAUUUUCUGCCUCUUUUAGAUGUGCUGAGCUGCGCGGAGGAGAAUCUGCGCGCCGGCGCCUCUCGACUGGACUGCGUGCGGGCCAGCGAGCAGUGUCUGCGGGAGCAGGCGUGCAGCACCAAAUAUCGUACGAUGAGGCAGUGCGUGGCCGGAGCCAAGGAGAGCAACUUCAGCCUGGUGGCCGGCGUGGAGGCCAGGGACGAGUGUCGCAGCGCCAUGGAGGCGCUCAAGCAGAGCCCGCUGUACAACUGCCGGUGCAAAAGGGGCAUGAAGAAGGAGAAGAACUGCCUGCGGAUUUACUGGGGGAUCUAUCAGACGUUACAAGGUAAUGACUUCUUGGAGGAGUCUCCAUACGAACCAGUGAACAAACGUCUGUCAGACAUCUUCCGACUGGCUCCCAUCCUGGGUAAGACCGCCGAGACAUUCUCUCUGUCCUGACCAGCGACACACACACACACACGCCCACAUGCGCACACGCAUGCAGGCACACCGUCCUCUCAAGAGUUUUAUCUGUGUGAAGAAGUGUUUAUCCUUGCUCUCUCCUCUUGUUCUCACCCUGCAUGUGGGCUAGAAGCGAUCUUGCAUGGGGAGCUAUAGUUCAGAGUCUCAUCAAGCAGCAGAUAAAAAGGCCUUACACGCCGUGUGGGUGUGUGCGCGUGAAUGUGUGUGUGUUGUCAUUCCGGUGCUGGUUUCUGAUUGUUCUCUGUCAACCUGCCUGCUUGGAGCCACAUGUUGGAAAGAGUGUGAGCGAGGAGAAACUCAAAAGAGCAUGACCAGCAUUUUUUCAGCUUGGAGCGAAGUGUGGGAGCCGGUCUGGCCUCUAGAUGGCGAUGUUAUUCCCUUGUUUGGAUCCAGAGCACUCUGUUGUGCCUGCUAAGGUUUUGAGCACUGUGCAGCAGGUGAUAAACUUUUUAUCACAUCGAGUAGGUAUGCUUGGGUUUAGAUCGUCAGAACAUCUUCAUCAAAAUGUCCUGACCCAUUUUGAUGAAGAUGGAACCCUUUCCUUUGUGAUUUUUGGGUAGUUUUGGCUGAUUUUUGUCUCUUUAGAUCCACAAGAGCAAAUCUUAGACUAAAUUUUGACUUUGUUUUGUAAUUUGCUUCCAGAAACGUCUCUGACUGAGCUGGCUCUUCACAGAUUCACCUUUCUACUAAUGUGUGUAUUUUAAUGCUCAAAUAGCAGGAAAAGGAAAAUUUUACCUCAAAGUUCAUCUCAUAAUAUAAACUGAUUGAGUACUUGGUGUUCUUUCGGAAUGUCUAUUAAAACCAAGCCACUGAGGAAAACAAUAAUCUGGUUUAGACUUCCAUUUGGUCGAAAAUGCAGUAAAAUGUAAGACUUGGUGUGCUUUGUUGGUGCUGGUAUACAAGCUCUGGAAAAAAUGAAGAGACCACUGCACUGAGCCCUCAUGGUUAUUCCACCAGAUAUUGAUUUCUAAACUCUUCCUGAGCUAAAAUAUUAGUAUUGUUGUUUCUAAAUGAAUGUGAACUUCUUUUCUUUGCAUUAUUUGAGGUCUGAAAGCACUGCAUCUUU